UUGAGACCUCACCACACCAUGCGCCACCCGAUCCUGAGUUUCUUAAAUAUUCCGACUUCGUCACCGGAGACGACGAAGUUAAACAUAAGCACCAAUUCCACGACGUUUUAACCUAAGCGAACAAGGCAAAUCAAAACUGAAAACCACGUCGUUUUGAUUUGCUUGAAAGGGGAAAAAUAGAAUUUGCAGUUAAAAAUGGAGUUCCCGUUAACUUUUCGGGCUGCGAACCCGGCGACGAUGACGUUUUUGGGGAGUAAAUGUGGAGUUAGCUUGUAUGACGUGGCGGGGUUGAGUAUGAAGAAGAAGAAGAGCAGGAAGAAGAUGAAGCAGCUGGUGGAGGUGGUGAGAGUGAGUGCCACGGCGGAGAGGGGCAGCGGCCGGGAGGCGGUUGACGGUGGUGGAGCUGAACGAGAAAGCAGUAGCGGUAGUGGGUACACGAGCUCAGCUAUGGAGGUGACCACAUUCAAUCAAAGGUUUAGAAGUGCUGAAACUGAAUUUCCAGUUUGGGAAAAGAUUGGAGCUGUCGUUAGACUCAGCUACGGAAUCGGAAUAUAUGUCGCAAUGGCUUUGGCGGGAAGGUUCAUAUGCUCCAUGACUGGGAUUGAUAGCUCGGGAGGUUUUGAUCCAUCCCUAGAUGCCAUCGUUGAGGGACUGGGAUAUGCAGCUCCUCCAAUUAUGGCGCUUCUUUUUAUUCUUGAUGAUGAGGUUGUAAAAUUAUCUCCUCAUGCUCGUGCGAUAAGGGAUGUUGAGGAUGAAGAACUAAGGAGCUUCUUUUAUGGCAUGUCUCCGUGGCAGUUUAUAUUGAUUGUUGCUGCAAGCUCUGUUGGGGAGGAGCUUUUCUACCGUGCUGCUGUCCAGGGAGCAUUAGCCGACAUAUUCCUGAGAAGCACUGAUUUGGUGACAGAUGCUCGUGGGAUGGCAUCUAUGACUGGUUUCCUGCCGCCAUUUGUCCCAUUUGCUCAGGUGUUUGCUGCUGUUGUAACUGCUGCUCUUACCGGUUCUCUGUAUUAUGUUGCUGCCUCUCCGAAAGAUCCUACGUAUGUUGUUGCACCAGUAUUACAAUCUCGUUCUCGGCGUGAAGAUCUGAAGAAGCUGUUUGCAGCCUGGUAUGAGAGGAGGCAAAUGAAAAAGAUUUAUUCGCCCUUGCUGGAAGCAAUUCUAGCCCUUUACCUUGGAUUUGAAUGGAUCCAGACAAACAACAUCUUCGCUCCAAUCCUCACACAUGGCAUUUACUCUGCCGUUGUUUUGGGACAUGGCCUUUGGAAAAUACAUGAUCAUCGGCGAAGACUACGCCAGAGAGUUCAACAGCUGAAAUUGGAAGAGAAGAGCACGAGAAACUUGUAAAGCGGCCCUGUAAGGAAAUGUAAUGGUUAGAUUUGGCGGAAACAUGUAUAUUUCUUGUUUGAGUUUUGAUUAGCCUUAGAUCACCUACAGAUGUACAGGCAAAGUCAAAAGAAUACGCACAAUAAAAAGUUCCAGUUGUAAAUGGUAGCUUAUACCGUAGAAAAUCUACCAUAUACAGGAUGUAUUGGCAGUACCUUGGCACAAAUUUUCUUUCCAACAUCAGCAGGAAAUUUUUUUU